CCCAUAUGUAAUACUAUUGAAGCCUUUAUACUUAAUAUUCUUUUUCUUUGAGCCGCCGUUUUUGAGAGAGCAACCAUGUUGCAGGUCGUGUCUGAUAUUGAUGCCGCUCCGUGUCAUUUCCCUACGGAGAGUCUGGGGAAUGAUGAUGUGCGAGGCUUCAAGUCGAUCCCGGUCGCUCUAGGCUCCCUUUCGACGCCUGUCUCCAGCGAUGCCUUGCUGAGGGCUUGGGCUGUGGUCCUCCGUUACUAUGCUGGAAGUGAUAUCAUCUGCUUCGGUCGGGUCGACGACACCACCGACCCUUCGUCGCGCUUUGCUCUGUGCCAUGGCGACAUUCCCAUCGACACUCCCCUUGAAGCGAUUCAGGCUUCGACAUCCGAGCUCGUGGGUGAGUCGUCGACAUCCGCGUCGCUUGGACAAUGGAUGGAAUCGAAAGCUUCCAUCAACACUCUCGUGUGGAACUGCUUGGAUCAGGUAUCCGAGUCGCAAUUGCAAGAUCUGCAAUCCACUCAGGGCUCCCUUGCCGUCAUCCUCUCCUCCAACCCCGAACAACAGGCCACUCUGGCCUACGCAUCACAUACUAUAGGUGACACCAUCGCUUCGUCAGUAGCAGAGGCAUUGGCCCGUGUGGUGAAUGCUAUCGUCGACGAACCUCAAACCCCUAUCGGGGAGCUGGACCUCUUCGGUCCAUCCUCGUGGAACCAGAUCCAUGAAUGGAACAACACCGUUCCGGACAUGUUCGAGGCCUGCCUUCACGAGCUGAUCGACGAGAGGGCUACCACACGCCCCGACUCCACGGCUCUGGAAUGCUGGGAUGGCUCGGUCUCGUACUCGCAGCUGGUAGACUAUACCUCUCGGCUGGGUAACUUCCUUAUCUCCCAGAACAUCGGGCCGGAAGUCUUCGUCCCCGUCUGUUUCGACAAGUCCCUGUGGGCCGUAGUAUCGAUGCUGGGUGUUCUCAAGGCCGGCGGAGCUUUCGUGUGUAUUGACCCGGCACAGCCCAUAGACCGUUUGAGCACCAUCAUAGAAGAACUAGAUGCGAAGAUCGCCUUGGCUGCGCCAGAGCACUGCGCCAAGCUGGCCGAUGCCCUCCCCCAAGCCAUCGCCGUCGAUGCAACCUUCAUCCGUCAACUUCCCCCUUGUGCCGAACUCCCUCGUCGCGCCUCGCCCCGUGAUGCCGCUUAUGCCAUCUUCACCUCUGGCAGUACUGGCAAGCCAAAGGGUAUCGUGCAGGAACACCGGGCCGUUUGCUCCAGUGCAAAAGAACAUGCCAGCCGGCUGAACAUCACCCCCGAAACCCGAACGUUCCAGUUCGCCGCAUACACCUUCAUCGUCAACACAUUCGAGCUCUUCACGCCCCUCGUGGAGGGUGGCUGCGUCUGCGUGCCCUCCAAGGAGGACCGACUCGGCCGCACCACCGGAGCCAUGCGCGAUCUGCGCGCGAACUGGGCCUGUCUGACCCCCUCCUUCCUCCGAUCCCUCAAGCCCGGCGAUCUGCCCGAUCUGAAGACUCUCCUGUUGGCUGGAGAGCCGGUUCAACAAGAUAACCUCGAUACCUGGCGCAGCCGCGUGCAGAUGCUGAACAUGUACGGUGCCAGUGAGGCGUCCGUCUGCGUGACGGGUGAUCUCUCGGGCCCCGUUGGGCGAUCGACCAUCGGUCGGGGUGUUGGUGUUUGCACCUGGGUUGCCGACGUUACAGACCAUGACCGUCUGGCCCCUAUCGGUGCGAUCGGAGAGUUGGUCGUGGAAGGGCCUGUCCUCGCCCGGGAAUAUAUCCACCAGCCGGACAAGACGGCUGCUGCUUUCAUUGCGGACACUCCGUGGUUGAAGAACAUCCGUGGUGAACCCCCGUAUCGGGCAUACAAGACCGGUGACCUUGUCCGAUAUGGAUCCGAUGGCCGAAUCAACCUUGUCGGGCGUAAAGACAUGCAGGUCAAACUGCGUGGCCAGCGUAUCGAGCUGGAAGAGGUCGAGUUCCAUCUGCGUCAGACUCUUCCCCGGGGCCUUGAGAUCUCGGUCGGUUUGGUCAGGCCCAGCGAUCAGCCUGACCGGCCGUUCCUUGCUGCGUUCGUUGCCUUGAGCAAGGGAUUUGCCGAUGGCUUCCACCUGGUCGAUCCGGAGUCUGCCGAGAAGAUCGAGUCGCUGACGGUUGACUGGAAGAGCCUUGCCGCCCAGGCCCUUCCUGGAUACAUGAUCCCGUCUACGCUCGUCAAAUUGAAGCACAUGCCGCUCACGGCGUCCGGCAAGACGAACCGGAAGGCCUUGACAGACUUUGCCUCGCAGCUCACACUGGCGUCUCUGUCAGGUGUCACCAAGGGCGAACGCAAGGAGCCCGCCACCGCCACUGGACAAGUGCUGCGCAAGAUGUGGGCCGAGGUGCUGGAGAUCUCGGAAGAGACGAUCUCCGCCGAUGACAGCUUCCUGCAGAUUGGCGGUAACUCCAUCGACGCGAUGAAGCUUGUGAACGUGGCCAGAGACGGAGGCAUCGGCCUCAGCGUGGCGGGAAUCUUCACGCACCCGAGACUGGACGAGAUGGCCGAGGCCUCUUCUACGAUGGAGGAGCUGGAGUUCGAAGACGUUCCGUUCUCACUACUUCCAGAGGGAGCCAGUGGAGAAGAGCUGGUUGGAAUGGCCGCGGACCAAUGCGGCGUCGAGAAAUCGGCCAUCGAGGACCUUUACCCCUGUACGGCCUUGCAGGCUGGAUUGCUUGCGCUGUCAGACAGCCGGGGCGGUGCCUACGUUGCGCAGCACAGUUUGAAGCUGCCAGCCGCUAGCGUCGACAUCGGAAAGUUCAAGCAAGCUUGCCAGCAGGUGGUGACGGCGCACCCGAUCCUUAGAACUCGCAUUAUCUACCCUCCCGAGUUCACCGCACUGCAGGCGGUCCUCCUGGGCGACAUCGACUGGCGGUCGGCUGACACUCUCGAAGAAUAUCUUGAAACCGACAAACAGCAGCCUAUGAAGGCAGGCGAUGCUCUCACGCGAUAUGGCCUCGUUCCCGACGGUGAUGGCUGGACCUUCGUGUGGACAGUGCAUCAUGCCGUCUACGAUGCGUGGACACUGGAGUUGGUCUUUGACCGCAUCGACAAGACAUACAAGGGUCAGGCCCCUGAAAAAGACACCACCUUCAAACAGUUCAUGAGCUACGUCGUCAACACCGACAAUGAGGCUGCCGACGAGUACUGGAAGCAGUACCUGAAGGGUGCCGUCCGCACCGAAUUUCCCUGCGUUGUCUCGAUCGCGAAGCAGCCUGUUGCCGAUGCCUCUGUGCACCGUGAGAUGAAGCUCAACCGACCGGAGCAAGUGUCCGGCAUCACCAUGCCGUCUAUGAUCCGCGCCGCCUGGGGCAUGAUCGUUGGAUCCCACUCGGAAUCUGACGACGUUGUCUUCGGAACCAUCGUCUCUGGACGCAAUGCGCCUGUCCCUGACGUGGACCGUCUCGUUGGACCGGGUAUCGCUGCCGUGCCCGUGCGCGUCAAGGUCCCCGAGUCUGACUCUGUGACCGUCUUCGACUUUGUUCGCGGCGUGCAGUCGGAGGCCACGACGAUGAUCGAGUUCGAGCAGACCGGUCUUCAGAACAUUGGCCGUCUCAGCUCGGACGCCAACUCCGCCUGCGAUUUCCAGACCUUGCUGGUCGUGCAGCCGGCCAAGGAGAAGGCCGCCGUCCUCGAGGAGCCGGAUCUGCGCAACGUGUCCGACGCCGACGCCAACUUCGGUACUUACGCUCUUACCUUGGAGUGCAGUCUCAAGGCCGACGGGGUAUCCUGCGCCGCUCACUACGACUCGGACCUGAUUUCCGAAGACUACGUCGAGCGUGUCCUUGGUCAACUUGAGCACCUUCUCGACCAGAUGUGCUCCUCGUCCGACGACAAGAAGAUGGGCGACGUAGUCUUGCUCGGUCCUCAGGACCUAGCCAACAUCCGCGAGUGGAACCAGGAUAUUCCGGGUCGCAUGGACCGGACCAUCCACGAGAUCAUCGGUGACCGUAUCGCCGAGCGCCCCGACCACGAAGCCGUUUGCUCGUGGGACGGAUCCUUCACGUACGCCGAGCUAGACCAGCAUGCAGCCCGUCUGGCCCGCCGUCUCGCGCAGUCCAACGUUGGUCCCGAGGUGUUCGUUCCUUGCUGUUUCGAGAAGAGCCGGUGGGCCCCGGUGGCCAUGCUGGCCGUGUUGCGAGCUGGCGGUGCCUUCUUGAACAUCGAUCCCUCGCAGCCGCAGAACCGCAUUCAGCUCAUGAUCCAGAAAUUGAAGGCUAGGACCAUCGUCUGCUCGCCUCAGCAAUACGAGCUGUGCGCCUCGUUGGGCGAUGACUACGACGUCGUGGUCCUCGACGAGCAAACCCCAGAGCAAGAAAUUCCCGAGACCGCUCCUGUGAACCCCGUUGGUCCCGAGAACGCAGCCUACGUUAUCUUCACCUCUGGAAGUACUGGAGAGCCCAAGGGCACGAUCAUCCAGCACGGAUCGUACUGUUCCGGAUCGACCUCCCACGCACCGGCGAUGCUGAUGGAUCGCAACACACGAGCCCUUCAAUUUGCGUCCUUCACUUUCGAUGCAAGCCUGGUCGAGAUUCUCACCGUGCUCGUCAUCGGCGGUACGGUGUGCUUCGCGUCGGAGGAGCAACGCAAGCGAGAUGUGACCGAGGCCGUCCGGACGCUCAAUGCGAACUGGGCCGCCCUCACGCCGUCCUUUAUCAACCUGAUCAACCCCGACGAUGUUCCCACGCUCAAGGUUCUGGUCCUGGCGGGUGAGGCCAUGUCGCAAUCCCACCUGGAUACCUGGGCUCAUCGCGUGCGACUUGUCAACGGGUACGGUCCCAGCGAGUGCUGCGUGGCCAGUACGUCCAACUGGGACCUGACGGUUAAUUCGAGCCCGCGCAACAUCGGCCGCGCCUGCUCUGGUGCGUCGUGGGUUGUGAUGCCCAACAACCACCACCGUCUGGUGCCCGUGGGAAGCGUUGGAGAACUGGUGAUGGAAGGAUGGAACGUCGGCCGGGGUUAUCUGAACGAGCCUGAGAAGACCCAGGCCGCUUUCGUCGAGAACCCUAGGUGGCUCGACCCAACCGAUGACACCCGCCCGCCGGUGGUCUACAAGACUGGUGACCUCGUCCGUUACAACCCAGACGGCACUCUGCGAUUCGAGCGUCGUAAGGAUACGCAGGUCAAGCUGCGUGGUCAGCGUGUGGAGCUAGGCGAGAUCGAAUACCGGAUCAAGCAGAGCCUGCCUAACAAGCCCGAUGCCGUCGUCGACAUCGUUUCCGCCAAGGACGCCGUCGAUCAGCCUCGCCUGGUGGCCUUCCUCCCCAUUUCGCGUGAGGACGCCAUGGAAACCCCGGUGGAUGUGGAUGCGAUCAUUCCGCCACCGGAUGAGCAACACGUUGCCGCGCUGUCCGGUCUCGAGGACCGUAUGGCCGAUUUCCUCCCCAUGCACAUGAUCCCCAACACCUACCUGCCCGUGUACUACAUCCCCAAGCUGCCCUCCGGCAAGGCGGACCGCAAGACCUUGAAACGCGUCGGUGGCCAACUGACUCACCGAGAGAUGGCCCAAUACUCCGGUACCACAGAGGAGGCGCGUCCGCCCACCACCGAGAUGCAGCAUACUCUGCAGCAGCUGUGGGGCGAGUGUCUGAAGAUGCCUGCGGCCCAGAUCAGUCUCAACGACAACUUCAUCAGAUUGGGCGGAGACUCCAUCACUGCUAUGCGUCUCGCCUCCGCCGCUCGGUCCCGCGACAUCCCUCUCUCUACGGCCUCCGUCUUCCAGCACCCUACCCUGGAGGCGAUGAGUGCCGUCGCCGAGACCCUGACGCAGCAGAAGCUGCCCCAGACCUUCCAGCCGUUCUCGAGCGUCAAGUCCAUUCCCAAAGACAAGCUUCUGGAUGACAUCGUGCUGCCCCAGGUCGGGGUGCCGGCGUUCCAGGUCGAGGACGUCGUGGAGGCGACGGACUUCCAGUCGCUCGCGAUCAACGGCGGUCUGAACCAGACCCGCGGCUGGAGCAACUACCUCGUGUUCGACUUCAACGGUCCCAUUGACCUUCGCCGACUGCAGAAUGCCUGCGACAAGUUGGUUGCACAGCACGCGGUCCUCCGCACUGUGUUCGUCACCACCGGAUCCCAGCUGCUGCAGGUCAUCCUGCGAUCGUGCACGCCCGAGGUCACCUUCCACGUUCAAGACGAUGAGGAUCCCUCGGAGGCGCUUGUGCGAGACGAUCUUGCUCGUACCCCCCGCCUCGGCGAGCCCAUCGUACGUUUCAUGGUGGUCAAGAACGGCGCUGUCAAGCACCGCGUCAUCAUGCGCGUGUCCCACGCCCAGUACGACGGCUCGUCGAUGCCGCUGCUCAUGCAGGACCUCGGCACGGCGUACAAGGGCGAGGACCUCAUCCCGCGACCGCAAUUCUCCGACUUUGUGCGCAUGCAGCUGCACACCAGCGACGGGGCCGAGGCCUUCUACAAGGACAUGCUGGCCGGAUCGAAUAUGACGCAGCUGGUCUCGCACUCCAAGAUGUCGACCACCAACGUUCUGAACACCAUGAUCGUCGAGAUGGUCCCGCUGAUCGCCUUCAAGGACCACGGCAUCACCCCGGCCACCGUGGUCAAGGCCGCCUGGGCAAUGACCCUUGCGGAGAUGGCCUGCACCUCGGACGUGGUGUACGGCCACAUGGUUUCAGGUCGCAACCUGCCGCUCAACGGCGUCGAGUCCGUCAUGGGUCCUUGUCUCAACAUCGUCCCCGUGCGAGCCAACAUGGCGACCAUGGCGACCGUGCAGGAGCUGCUGCAGCUGAUCCAGCAGCAGCAGACCGACACCAUUCCACACGAGAGUCUCGGCUUCCGACAGAUCAUCGACCAGUGCACUAACUGGUCCAAGGAGACGCGUUUCAGCACCGUGUUCCAGUACCAGGAGUUCGGCGGCGAAGACGUCACCCAGCCCAUCACCAUGGAAGGCAAGACCACCGUGGUGCCUGGAUUCAUCUGCCCCUCGCCGGACGCCUGCGACAUGUCCAUCCUGGCGACUCCGGUUGGUGAGCAGGUGCGAAUUGAGAUGAUUUUCUCGACUCACGCCAUGACGCGAUCGUUCGCGGACGCCACGCUGCAGAAGCUCGCGGCGAGGAUCAAGGAGAUCGCGCGCACGGGCGUCGCGGGAAGAAUGCCAUCAUUUGUGGGCGAGCCUCAGAUUCCUUUGCCGGAGCCUGGCCGUCGCAUGACGAAUGGAGUCAACGGGAUUGUUGGACGGAUUGUCAACGGCAUCAACGCGCAGAACGGAGUGAACGGGGUCAAUGGAAAUGAAGUGAACGGAGUCCACGACGCGGAAAUGCCGCCGGAGGAGUCGUAUCACGUGAACCUGCUGGCCUCGGUGCCUCUCUAA